AUGAGUUUUUCAAUGUUUGGUGGUGACUCGCCUCCUCGAGGGGCCAAGCUGCCUUCCUUUAAUUAUCUACAGCGAAAUCUGCCUGUGUUCAUUGAACAAAACGUCAGCUACACUCGCUCGGGCCAGCAGGCUGGUCCCAGACCCGAAAAACCGCAGCAUGGACUGUCGUCUGGGCUCCAUAUCUCACACGAACGGCCCGGCAAUGAUUCUCGAUCGGCAAGCUCAAGUGGCCAGAACGGACCAAGAAAUCAAAAUAGCCAGAAUAGCCAGAACGGGCAGAAUGGUCAGAGCGGCCCAAAUAUCCCUACUGGAUCAAACGAACCCGAGGUCCCGCAAACAGAAGAGGAUGCCCGAUUUCUUCGAUUGGCUCACGAUGCUCUCGUAGCUACUUCAAAAGAGUCCAAUCUCAUAGUGGACCCGACUAUCCAGGAUUUAUUGCAACGUCUUCAGUAUGCGCUGUCCCCUCACGGUAACCCAAUCAAACGUCUGGAUAGCAUUCGGGCAAAUGAAAAUGGCCAGUUGAUGAUCCAGAGCUUCUACAAUGGAUUUCCCAACUUGAGCAACGACAUCUUUACGGGGUCCAACAAUCCCUCCAACACAGAAAAUCCCGGUUGGAAUUUCCUCAUUGACAAAAAAUCGCCAGCUGCAUCGGUGAGUCCAGAACCAGUGGACUCUUCUGGAGAGCUGACUGGAAGACUCAAGGAAGAGCGCAAGUUCCCUUGUCGGAGCUGCAGCAUGUCAUUCCGGCGGUCUUCAGAUCUCAAGCGUCAUGAAAAACAGCAUCUACUGGUUCCUGCCAACAUCUGUCCGCAGUGUGGAAAGGGCUUUGCUCGAAAAGAUGCGUUGAAGCGUCACUUGGGCACGCUCACAUGUAAGCGGAAUGCCGACAAGAAGCUCUACCAUAAGAAUCUUCAGUACUUGAAGGAUCAGGAUUCUUGGGACGACUGA